UAUUUGCAGGUUAUAAUUACAGAUUUGAUGUGUAUUUGUUUAUUUUGCCAAGAAGUUCAUUACAAAGGACAAUGAGUUCUGCAAGCAAGGUCGGUGAAAUUUUCACGGCAGCCGGGCAAGCUUUUAACAGAUUAGGAGAUUUAACAAUGCAACUUCAUCCCAAUGCAGAAUCUCCAACAGGAAAGUGGACCGACGAAGAAAUUGAGAUGUUGAGACAAGUAGUUAAGCAAUUUUCGGACGGAUUGAACCAAAUUAGCGAUCACAUUAAAAGGCGAACGGUAUCACAAAUUAGGACGGCGUUGAAGAAGAAGGCGUUCGAAGACGCCGGCCUGCCGGUGAGGUCGGUGAAUCAAACGACGCCCGUCUCGACGCUCCAGCAGAACUUGCAGACGCCGAUGAUUAAAAACGAGGUGACCCUUAAUAUGUUGAACGCCGCGGAGUCCGAGGUGGACGUCGAGGGGCUCCACGAGGACGUCAAACUGGAGUUCGAUGGGGGCAACGAAGACGUUCCGACAAAAGACCCUAGUACAAAGCCUGCCUUACCGGGAGUAUUUUAG